GGAGUUCUUUACUUCCCACGAGGCCAUGCAGUUGGACCUUGAAGAGGCUCUAACUCGUUCCUCUGGCGGAAAAUUUUACAAUCUCAGUGCGCACAUGGUGUGGAUUGGCGAUCGCACGCGCCAGUUGGAUUGCGCCCACAUCGAGUACUUCAAGGGAAUUGCAAAUCCCAUUGCUGUAAAAGUUGGCCCAUCUAUGAAGAACGAUGAGCUCAAGGAGCUGGUGAAGAUUCUGAACCCCAACAAGGAGGAGGGUCGCCUCAUGCUGAUUACGCGAUAUGGUGCGGGGAAGGCAGAGGCCAUGCUGCCGGGUCACAUCCAGGCCGUCAAAGAGUCUCGGGUUCCUGUGACUUGGCAAUGUGACGCAGUUCACGGGAAUGGCAUCGUGGCCAAGAGCAACAAGCUGAAGACCCGUGUAAUGAAUGACAUCUUGGCAGAGGCCUGUGAGGUGAUGGCUAUCCACAAGAAGUGUGGCUCCAUCCUGGGUGGAAUCCAUUUGGAAGUGUCAGGUCAACCUGUGACCGAGGUUGUAGGUGGCUCAAUGGGACUGACGGAGCAGAUGCUCACCAAGAACUAUGAAACUUAUUGCGACCCACGCAUGAACUACUCACAGGCCAUUGAGGCAGCUUUCCGAGUAGCCAAUGAAAUGCCUUCGCAAGAGCGGGCUGCCAAGAGGGCUAAAGUGGCCUAGGUUCAUGGUGGUACCCAUGUGCCACCUGUCGUGUCCACAAUGUGUAGCUCAAACAGAUUCUUGAUCAAGGCCAAAGGCUCACAAUAUUUCUGAAGUAAAGCUACACAGAGCAUUUCGAUGUAUUUUUGAGGAAUCUUGCGGUGGCUCCAGUGCUGAUCGAAGAGUUUCUCUGAGUUUCUCUCAAAAAGUUUCUCUCUCUCUCUAUGGCUCCCACCAAGUUUUACUGCCUUGUUCGUCACUCACCGGUAUCAAAGAUAGCAUUUGCAAGUGGUUGCUUGAAGAGGACCUGACUCAGCAGUGAAGUUGCCAUUGAACGUGCCAAGACAUAUCGUUUCUCCAAAGUGUAGUUCGUGCCGGCUAUUACCCGCUUCAGAGAAAGCAGGAGCACUGCGGAUCUUUCAGUGCAGUGGUUGUAUGUGACACGAAUCUGUCGUGAGCCCGCACUCUGUCAGCAUAUAAUGCAGCAUAUAUGGAUGCCAAUAGUUGCAUGAAUCAACGAGGACCGAUGAUAGGAUGAAAGC